GCUGUGGGACUGCAGCGCUCACUCAGUGUGUGGGGGGCAGCAGCGAGCAGUAGCCAGGCGGCGACAUGAGCUUCGGGACAGCGGACGGCGACGAGGCCGGCUCGGCGGCUGCGGCCGCGCCCAGCAGGGAGCGGGAACUGCAGGUGCAGCUGCACCGCCAGCUGAGCCUGCAGCCGGCUGAGCGCAGGCGCAGCGCCGGCGACAGCGAUCGCGCCGACGUUCACGUGUGCGUGGCGCCGGCCGGAGACUGCCCGGGCGCAGAGGCGUGCCGGCGCACGGCGGCGGGCCAGCUGGUGGAGGCGGUGCUGCCGCAGCGCGCACAGCGGCUCGGCCGCGUCGCCGUCGAGCGCUGCCGCGGCGUGCACCUGGGACACGUCACCUACGUGCUGGGGCCCGUCAACUUCACCAGGGUCCUGCAGAAGAACACCAUCUCCCAGCAGAUCAUCGUCACGUCCGACGACGCUCCAGGUGGGCAGGAGGGCGAGCCGGAGGUGCAGGUGGUUCGCCGCCUGGAGUGGUUGGCGCAGCCGCCCCUGCACACCCUGACUCCACUGCAGAGGCCGGUGAGCACCGUAAUCAUCAGCCACACGGCGACGGACAGUUCGACGUCGAUGGGCAAGAACACGAUGAUCGUGCGACGGCUUCAGACGUUCCACAUCGAGGGCCGCAUGUGGCCGGACAUCGGCUACAACUUCAUGGUGGGCAUGGACGGGCAGGUGUACGAGGGCCGCGGCUGGGCGUCGGCGCCCGAGGCGGUGGGCAGCGGGAUGGCGCAGGGCUGCCUCAGCGUCGCCUUCGUGGGCUCCUUCUCGACGCGGCUGCCCAGCGCAGACGCGCUGGCGGCGCUCCACCGGCUGCUGAGACUGGGCGAGCGCGAAGGCCACCUGGCGGACGACUAUCGCCUCAUCGCCGAGAACCAGCUGGACCCCGACACCGAGAGUCCGGGCCGCGCGCUCGCCAGCCUCAUGCAGGGCUGGCCGCGUUGGGCGCCACAACUGUGACGUCGUCUGGAGAGGCCGCCUAGUGUCUGAUCGGCCGAGAACCAGCUGGACCUGGAACACCGGAAGUGGGGGUCAUGAGCUCGCUGGUCUCACGUUGGGUUGACCGUGCUGGGUGCCACAGCUCUGACAUCGUAUCAGGUCAAACACUAUGUCACAUUUGGGGGCUGCUUCUCGUGUGAUCAUGGUGAGCCAGCUGGACCUGGAGACUGGGCCGUGUGGCCUUUGGACUCAUGUCUGGAUGGACGCUCUGUGUGCCAUAGCUGUGGCGACAUACGAUGUGGAACACCAUGUGACACCCAGCUGUGGACUGCCAUGUGCUCACCGAGCUGGAUCUGGGUACUAAACAGCCCUGGCAUGUACAUGAUGGCCUCAUUCACAGCUGGUAGUGCCUGGCUCCAAAAGUUAGGUGGUGUGACACUCCGCAGAACACCCAGUGGUGGCCAACCUUGUGAUUGAUGACAGAUAGUCUCGGACAGUGAGGGCCCUGCCAGUACACUCAUUGGUGUCAUAUACAGCUGUGUGUGACGGCUGGAAUGUCUCAUUAAGCCACAUGCUCAGAAAACUGAAGCUUUGAGUCGCUGCAAAUUGAUCUCUGACAGAUACAGCGGGCUGGACAUGGCCGCUUCGCAUGCCUCAACCAAUAUCGUAAAGCAAUUGUGUGAACGUCUCUGUUGCAUCAGCUCAGUGUCGUCAUAGCUCUGUAGACGCCCACUGUUGUCGCCUGCAACAAUUAGCACUUCACAACUGAAAGCUGACAACAGCACUGAGAGCUGUCAGGGAUCCUCUUUCGCCGUCUCCACUGUAGCUAUGUGUGAAAUUAGAAUUAUAUUAAUACCGUCAGCUGCUCACGGUCGUUGAUACAUAUCAACGGGGACAGGUGAAAAUGUAUGCCCCCAUCGGGACUCGAACGCGGGAUCUCCUGCUUACAUGGCAGACGCUCUAUCCAUCUGAGCCACCGAGGGCACAGAGGAUAGCGCGACUGCAGGGGCUAUCUCGCGCACGCCUCCAGCGAUACUCACAUUCUUACCUUGUAUAUCCACACACUACGUCCGUAGUGUCCCACCGCAACACUCUCAUUACUCGUGGAAGACAUGCUUUCCAAGUCUGUUAAGAGUUCGGGGAAUAUGUGUGCAUCCGCACAGAAGAGGAAGGUCAUGGCCGGUAUUGUCAGAACUGUAUAUUUAUAUGGAAAUGGUGCCUGUUCUUUCGGACAUGUCCGAAGGAAGAGACACCACAUCCAUAUAAAUAUUUAUGUAGCUAUGCGUGGUGCCACGUGUGCUAACAUGUGACGUCACACACUGUAUGACACCUUACCGCCUACUAACAGUCUGCUUGUUGAUGAUAUAGAAAACAAUCGCAACGGGUUCAUGUUGGAGUGGCUGUCUGGGUUUGCAGUCAUGAUAUAACGCACCAUAGUGUGUGUCGCGGAUGUGAACUGCUUUUAAAUGCUUUCGAAUAGGCACCCUGUGCCAAGCUGAUCAACUACUGACUGAAGACAAUCGGUUAAUGUGUAUAUCCUGGUAACUGAUUCUUCAUGCAUGAGGUGAACAGUAGAAGAUCAAAAACAUAAAAUACUGUAUUCACGUAUGCCAUGCUUACGUUUUGUGAAAUUCGUUGCCCACAGCUCGUAGGUAAUUGAAAACGUUGCGAUCAUCUGAUAGUCAUCAGAUCAAAUUAAAUGAAAAUCAUCCUGCGAAACUGCCACAUUAGCAAUAUGCAGUACAUAAUCAACAGUAAAAUGCAUUGCUGUAGUUAAUUAAUCUUUGAACGCUGCCAUAAAUAGAUUCUCUCCCUUUGUAUGGAGUGCAGUCUCCGGGGUUGAGAAUGAACAUGUCACGUGAAUCGUACACUGGGCACAAUUUCCGUGUGAGCUUUGAAGGUAUUCCACAGGGCUGCAAGAUAAAGAAAGAAAGUUCUGAGUUUCUUGAUUUGUCGAGAUUAGUGCCACUAAAUAAUAUAAUUUGAAUAAAAGUAGGGAAGGAAAUUGGAGACGACUCAACUGAAGGGACAAUCUCAGAAUCAACUUGGAACAAUUUAGGGAAAACCUAAGUGUAAUCUGACGGGGAUUUGCUACUCGCUGGAAGUCAGUCCACUCUCUUAACGGCUGUGUCGCCACGUCUGGUACUGACAGGUGAGUUCCUACCCAUAAAACACCUCAGGCAACUUUUCUGAGAGACACGAAAUCUCGUCUGGAGUACGAAGAAUGUACUUUCGGUUGUAGCACUAACCUAACACAGUUCAAACUAUGUUUGGGUUUUAUCGUGUCUACAAAGACAUAAUUAUAAAUAGAACUCUACUUUAGGAAGAUAGUGAAAGCCAUCAGCGAGGAUUGUUGGAGAGGCACAAAGAAGGGGGCCCGACUGAAGUCUUGCUCAUCUAUGCGUUAUUCUUCAAAGAAUAAGCAGAAUCAUGAAAGUCUUCGUGCUCUGGAAGGAAAGCAGUAUAUCAGCCAAACAUCUCACGACAGGUAGUGUGGUUUCUUACUCUUUGAGUUUACCAUUGUCGUAAGAGAGAUUGUAUCGAGGAAGUACACAGUAGUUUGGAAUGGGAAACCACAGCAAUUUUCGAAAAUACAUAAUUUUUUUAUAGUAAAGCCAUAUUAUCAUGUCAAAGCCAUAGGGUUUUCUUGUACAUACAUUUUGUUUAGAGGUAGGCCUCUCCCCAGCUAUUGCAGAGGGAUUUUCAGUUUAAUGUGGAUGGUGAACCAUGGCGCAAUUAUCGUUUUUCACAUUAAAGAAAAAAGAAAUUGGACUACCUACAGAUGGAAUAUUUGUACUUGAAGUAUAGGCCUUAUCGAAUGAAAUCUCAUGCUUUUUCCUCAAUAAGCCUUUUAAAAUAUCUAUGAUAAAACUUAGUAUAUGUGUCGCAGUUAUGUAAACGGAGAUCUUUUUCGUUUACCCUAACCGCCGUUUCAUCUGCUCCCUGCGCUCAAAAAAGUUUUGGGAAAUGAGCGGCAAAAGCCCUCUACUUUUUGCCUGCCUUUAACCACGGAAAAUAAAGAUGGAUUACGCUUCAUUUCAAAGCAUAUGAAACGUUUACACUUUUCCUAAAAUGUUAGAAACAGUACUGCUGAAUCUGUAUGGCUCUCAUAUUAUCAUUGUUUCGCUAUGUCGUAUGUUACAUUGAUGGUGGAAAGUCCAUGAGUUGUUGCACAGAAAUGUGAAGAGGCAUUGAGGAGAUGGAAACUACGUAUACUCUUAAAUGAAAGUAUCAGUACCUGUGCUGCGUUAUUUGCACGUAUGCUCUCCUUGAAAGCUGUAAUCUCUUAUGUCAUGUCUUGUUUCGAUAUUAAAUAUUGAUAUUUCAAUGAUAAAUAAAGUAUUUUAUAAAUAAAUGCUGUUCCACAAAAAUCAGUUUUAAACAGCAACAGUUCGCCAAGUGUAAGAAGUAUUAACGUUUCUUAUCUGUAUAACAGUCAAAUACACUCUGUUUUUCACCAGUUGUCCAUUUUAUACACCGCACGAAUUGAACUGUUAAUUUUUAUUCUAUUCGCAAAUUGUAUUCAGAUUCUGCCAUGGCCAUUCAACCAAAAGAACUUUAGUGAAAGCUUACAAUUCGUAUAUUUUACCUAUAUUUGUGUCAAAUAACUGGGCACCUCCGACCAAAUAAUUUAUGUGUCGAUGUCUAAUAACGCUCUGACUGAAGUUUUGCAUGAGUAAAUUGAUAAUAUUUCGCUGCUCUUCCAGUAGACAAGACGUCAAGAAAACUGAACUUUUUAUUUGAAAUGGAAUUUUCUCAUGUAAAUAGUUACCAAAUCAAGGGGAUCCAGUGAUCGUCUAAGUUAUCGGCUUGAUGUUUCAUUCAGGAAAAUAAUAGGAUUUAUAAUUAUUGAAAGAAGUGUAGAUACUUGCAGCAGGGAGGCACUGUCCUGUUCUUGAAGGGGCUUACUGCUGCAUGACCCAUACAAGUAGCUUGUUACCAAUAUGUUCUGUUAGACGUAUUCUGCUAUUGAUUAGAUCUUCUUGGGUACACUAAAUAUUUGGAAUUCACAGAGGAGAAGUAAGCUGUGUACAGCCUCCAUAUGGUUAUACUUUCUGCGUGCUGGAAAUGUACUGUGAAGCGUAUUCACUGUGGAAUGUGGAAAUCUUCGGUAAUCGUUCUUAUUUGUGUCGUACGAAACCUAACGACCUCCAAACAGUACAUAAUAUUGACCAUCUCUGCAUAUCUGGUGCAAAUGCAAAAACUUCAGCAACCCCACUUGUCUGGUGAAGGCCUCGAUCUUGUUUAGAAGAAAAAUGAUGAUGUUACCGCCAGAAGGUUUCUUAAUGAUUGUCAGUUCACAAUCGUGAAAUUUACUUCCACCGAAAUGAAAAUACUACACUGGCGUAAAUAAAUGGGAGAUCAAACGUAAUAUUACGUACAAUGUAAAAAAAUAGGCUUUUUAUUGACUCAGACAUCAUAUGUAAGAGAACAUAAGUUCAGAUACAGUAUCAUCAUCGUCAGCAUUUUGAGCAGCAGGAGCAUGAUGAAGGUCAUAAUUAUCUUUUUUUGUUUGAUUUGGCCUCCAGAGUUUAUAUUAUACUUACUCAUCGAUGACAAAUGUUUACACGAAAUACCUAAUAGCGUAUUUAACGGAACUGAAAGCAAAUUUUUUCCCACAACGUAUUAUCAGUAAAUGGUAUAAUAA